AAUGGUGAGCUAGGGGCAGGGGUCGUGGGCGGGACAGUGUUCUGGACCCCUUCUAGAGCCUAAAUUUGUUGCUCUAGUUCCUCCAGGAAGCCCUCCAGGUAGAUUCUGGGGGCCGGGAGCUGGGAUCCCUGGGCGGGAAGCAGGGGAAGGGAUGGGGGACUGAGGACCGCGAAGAAGAGAGAAGAAGGGGGUCUUGGGGGAGGGAGGAAAUGCAAGAGAGAGGAGGGAGGAGGAACAAGAGGAAGGAGAGAAGUGCGGCCAGCUUGCUUUCUCCAGUCGGGUGGCCGCGGGGACCUGGGCGACGUCGGAGGCCCUGCCCAGAACCCAGGCGGCAGCCCCCACCCUCGCGCUGCGACACGCCCCCCACCCCUUCCGGCUCACACCCCCGCCCACACUCCUGAGUGGUGCGGUGCAGCGGCGGCCAAGGCAGCAGAGCCGAGGAGAGCAGGUCCACACUCUGCAUCCCUGGAUCAGGACUCACCAAGACACCCAUCCUGGAAAAGGUCCCCCAUAACAUGGCAGCAAAAACUCCCAGCAGUGAGGAAGAGUCUGGGCUGCCCAAACUGCCCGUGCCCCCCCUGCGGCAGACCCUGGCCACGUACCUGCAGUGCAUGCGACACCUGGUGCCUGAGGAGAAGUUCAGGAAGAGCCAGGCCAUUGUGCAGCGGUUUGGGGCCCCUGGUGGCCUCGGUGAGACCCUGCAGCAGAAACUGUUGGAGCGGCAGGAGAAGACAGCCAACUGGGUGUCUGAGUACUGGCUGAAUGACAUGUAUCUCAACAACCGCCUGGCCCUGCCUGUCAACUCCAGCCCCGCCGUGAUCUUUGCUCGGCAGCACUUCCCUGGCACCGACGACCAGCUGAGGUUUGCAGCCAGCCUCAUCUCUGGUGUACUCAGCUACAAGGCCCUGCUGGACAGCCACUCCAUUCCCACUGACUAUGCCAAAGGCCAGCUGUCAGGGCAGCCCCUUUGUAUGAAGCAAUACUAUGGGCUCUUCUCCUCCUACCGGCUCCCCGGCCAUACCCAGGACACGCUGGUGGCCCAGAACAGCAGCAUCAUGCCGGAGCCUGAGCACGUCAUCGUAGCCUGCUGCAAUCAGUUCUUUGUCUUGGAUGUUGUCAUUAAUUUCCGCCGUCUCAGUGAGGGGGAUCUGUUCACUCAGUUGAGAAAGAUAGUCAAAAUGGCUUCCAACGAGGACGAGCGCUUGCCUCCAAUUGGCCUGCUGACGUCCGACGGGAGGAGCGAGUGGGCCGAGGCCAGGACAGUCCUCGUGAAAGACUCCACCAACCGGGACUCGCUGGACAUGAUUGAGCGCUGCAUCUGCCUUGUGUGUCUGGAUGCGCCAGGAGGCGUGGAGCUCAGCGACACCCACAGGGCACUCCAGCUCCUUCACGGCGGAGGGUACAGCAAGAAUGGGGCCAAUCGCUGGUACGACAAGUCCUUGCAGUUUGUGGUGGGCCGAGACGGCACCUGUGGUGUGGUAUGCGAACACUCCCCAUUUGAUGGCAUCGUCCUGGUGCAGUGCACCGAGCAUCUGCUCAAGCACAUGACACAGAGCAGCAGGAAGUUGAUCCGAGCAGACUCUGUCAGCGAGCUCCCCGCCCCCCGGAGGCUGCGGUGGAAAUGCUCCCCGGAAAUUCAAGGCCACUUAGCCUCCUCGGCAGAAAACCUUCAACGAAUAGUAAAGAACCUUGACUUCAUUGUCUAUAAGUUUGACAACUACGGGAAAACAUUCAUUAAGAAGCAGAAAUGCAGCCCUGAUGCCUUCAUCCAGGUGGCUCUCCAGCUGGCCUUCUACAGGCUCCACCGAAGACUGGUGCCCACCUACGAGAGUGCGUCCAUCCGCCGAUUCCAGGAGGGACGCGUGGACAACAUCAGAUCAGCCACUCCAGAGGCACUGGCUUUUGUGAGAGCCAUGACUGACCACAAGGCUGCUGUGCUGGCUUCUGAGAAGCUUCUGCUCCUGAAGGAUGCCAUCCGUGCCCAGACUGCGUACACAGUCAUGGCCAUAACAGGGAUGGCCAUUGACAACCACCUGCUGGCGCUACGGGAGCUGGCCCGAGCCGUGUGCAAGGAGAUGCCCGAGAUGUUCAUGGAUGAAACCUACCUGAUGAGCAACCGGUUUGUCCUCUCCACCAGCCAGGUGCCCACAACCAUGGAGAUGUUCUGCUGCUAUGGUCCUGUGGUCCCAAAUGGGUAUGGUGCCUGCUACAACCCCCAGCCAGAGACCAUCCUUUUCUGCAUCUCCAGCUUUCACAGCUGCAAAGAGACUUCUUCUAGCAAGUUUGCAAAAGCUGUGGAAGAAAGUCUCAUUGACAUGAGAGACCUCUGCAGUCUGCCGCCACCUGCCGAGAGCAAGCCAUUGGCAACAAAGGAAAAAGCCAUGAGGCCCAGCCAGGAACACCAACCUUAACUCCUGCCACUAGGUUUCACCUCCCAAACUCAGCCUCUAGAGCAGCCAGACCCUGCCGAUCCCCACUCCCAUCCCUUACCCCAGCUUGCCACAGCUCCCUGUCCUCAGAGUCCAACCCACAGAUCACACAGAGUUGGAGUGUUAGGAGAAAAGGGUCCCCUCUUUAUGUAUGGGAAUCGUCAUUUUCAAGGUGCCUUUGGGCCUGUGCACUGGGAAGCGGGACCAGCCUGGCUCGGAGGCAGCCUGGAUGCACUGGCGAGCCACAAUGAGGACUCCUGUGGUCCUCGGAAGCUUAGUGUUCAUGUCUCCUUCUCCAGCAGGACCUAGUGUGUCCAGGUGAUGCUUCUGCCCAAUGAAAGGAUGAGUCACCUUAUUACAUGCAAUGUACCUAAAUGAGUUAGGAAGGAAGAGGCUAACACCAGGUCAUUACCUUUUUUCUUUUUGUGGGGAGAGGAGGCUGUGUUUUGAGAUUCAGAGCAUUCCAAUCGUGGCAUUCUCAGUGCCUCCACUGAGCCGUACAAUCCUGUGAGCACCCGCUCCUCCUAAACACACCACAGAGCCCAAGUCCAUUUAAAAUAUAGUGACUUGGGCCCACAAACACAUUUCUGCUUUUGUGCCCAGGGGCAGCCUUCUGUUGAGCUCAGAAAAUUGUGUCCAGCUAUUCUGAAAGGAAAAAAAAUUUACCUGUGACUGCCCUGGAGUUGCUGCCACUCUCUGCUUAGCAGACGGCAUCAGGGCCAGUCCAAGAAAAGUAAACUGCACAGCCCCAAGCAGAUGGCGCCUGGUGCCAGUGGGUUUGCAAAGGACCUGGCCCCUUCCUGGGGUCCUGCCAUUUGCGUUUUU